GCGCACAAUUCGUCCCACAUAACUUGAAGGCGUUGGUGUUAGUGGGUCGUGGUUUCAGAGGGCACUGCUUUGUUGAUCCACUGACACGAUUAUCCUUUAGAACAGCAUGCGCAGAAGAAUUUUGCUUCAUUUAUUCUGGAGAAAAAAUAAACUGUUGCCUUUGGGAUUAGUGUGUUUUGGACUCCUAUUGAUUAUGUGGAUAAAAAUAGAUAAACUUGACCAUGAAAAUAAUCAAAUCUUAGCACGUCAACCAAGUCAUAAGGAACUAAAAUAUCAAGAUGAGUCCCAAAAGAACAAUUCACUUAUUGGGAAUAAUCUAAAAAUACCUCAUUUUCCGAACGCUCGUCCAUAUCCUCCAAUUGGCAAAGAUUUCAGUAGUCCAAGAGGUCAUGAAAAUGCGAAACGCCGAUCUGUCGAUGAUGAACACGGUGAAAAUCAUUUGCCUGAUAUUGUGCCGCCUGUUAAUCAGGACAAUAAUGUGCUUGUGCAACCUGACUAUAAGGAAAAGUCUAGAAUUAUGGGCGGUAAUGAACCUGUUGAAAGCAGUCGUUCAGAUAAACUAUCAGUCAUAGCCAAAUUAGGCUUAUCUCCUAGUUCUCCUCCUCCAAAAAGCGACGAAUACUCAACAGGUCCAGGUGAAGGUGGUAAAGCAUAUACAGUAAAUCGUGAAGACUUAUCACCAGCUGAACAGUUAAUAUUCGACAAGGGUUGGGAAGAUAAUGCCUAUAAUCAAUAUGCUAGCGAUCGAAUUAGUGUGAGACGAUAUUUGCCAGACUAUAGAGAAGGAGCGUGUAAAGUCGAUAAAUAUAGAAGUAAUCUGCCCUCAGCAUCAAUUAUAAUUUGUUUUCAUAAUGAAGCUUGGUCAGUAUUAUUACGUUCAGUACAUUCAGUGAUAGAUCGAUCUCCACCAAGUUUGUUAAAUGAAAUUAUACUUGUUGACGAUUUCUCUGAUCGCCCCUAUCUCAGAGAAGCACUAGAAGAAUAUAUGGGAAUGUUAAAUGUUGUCAAAAUUGUUCGUACCAAACGACGUGAAGGAUUGAUCAGAGCAAGAAUGAUUGGUGCAGAACACAGUACUGGGAAAGUGCUCGUAUUUCUAGAUUCGCAUAUUGAAUGUACUACAGGUUGGCUUGAACCACUUUUAGAUCGUAUUGCUUACAAUUCUUCAAUUGUUGUUGUUCCUGUAAUAUCGACUAUAAGUGAUAAAACGUUGAAGUAUAAUUUUCUUAAUGCGGCUCAUGUUCAAGUUGGUGGAUUUGAUUGGAGUUUAACAUUCCGAUGGCACGAACAAACUGAACGUGACAAAAAUCGACCUGGUGCACCAUAUUCACCUGUUAGAUCACCUACCAUGGCAGGUGGUUUAUUUGCUAUAAGUCGUGAGUAUUUUAAUCAUCUUGGGAAGUAUGAUUCUGGUAUGGAAAUAUGGGGAGGUGAAAAUUUGGAACUGUCAUUCAAAGUUUGGAUGUGUGGUGGUAGUUUAGAAACUGUCGUGUGCAGUGUUGUUGGACAUAUUUUUCGUAGUCGUUCACCAUACAAAUGGAAUAUUAAUGUAAAAGAUCCUUUGAAAAGAAAUCUACUCCGUUUGGCUGAUGUAUGGCUUGAUGAUUAUAAACGAUUUUAUCAUGCUCGUAUUGGAUUUAACACUAUUGAUUUUGGAGAUGUUUCAGAACGCAAAGCCUUACGAGAAAAACUGAAAUGUCACUCAUUUGAUUGGUAUUUAACCAAUGUUUAUCCUGAAUUAUUUGUUCCUUCGAAAGCUUUGGCUUCUGGUGAUAUUGAAAGUGCUGCUGGUCCACACUGUUUGGAUUCACCAACUCCUCGUACUGGAGAUAAAAAACAAACUAUUAUCAAAAUAUGGCCAUGUCAUAAACAAGGUGGCAAUCAAUUUUGGUUAUUAUCACCUAACAAUGAAAUUCGACGUGAUGAUUUUUGUUUUGAUUCUGGUACGAAAAACAAUACCGUUGGUUUAUAUCGUUGUCAUGGUGCACAGGGUAAUCAAAAGUUUACUUAUGACGAAGACAAUACUAUUCGUCAUGAAGGACAAUGUUUAGAGAUUAAUAUUGAAAAAUCCAGUGUUCAACUUACCUCAUGUACUGGAUCAUUAAAGCAACAAUGGAAAUUUAAUCGCAAACCGUAUAUGCCAACCGCUAUAGAUUUUAAUCGAUUUUAAUAUUGACUAAACAUAUUGGAAUAAUUACCAAUCUAUUAUUUCGUGUUCAACUACUUCAUGUGUAUAUAUAUCUAUUAACAUGUAUUUGUACUAACAUGAGAAAACAACAAUGUCUUUCCUUAGAUGUACAAUCUGUUUAAAGAAAUGUUUUGUGAAUAGAAUGGAAAGUACACAAAUAUUGUAUUAUGCUACCAAUUUUUUAGUUGUUCUUUUGUUUUUUGUGUGUUUUCAACAUCCAAUGUGUAAAUUGGUUAAGCCUAGUGAUAACAUAUCAUCAUUCUCAUUUUUACAAUUUUGUUUAUCUGUGAUAACAGUUACGUAAUAUUUAUAUAAAUUUGUGAAAAAUUACAAUCAAUAAAAUAAAUAAACAAACAAACAGACAAGAUAGAUAACCAGUAUGAGUUCCAUUUUUUUUUAAAUAUAUAUUCACUAAUGUGCCUUUCUCAUGGUGUUUAGUUAUUUCUCAUUAAUAAAAUUAAUAAUAUGUAAUGGAAUGUAUGAAUAAACGAUGCUCAAUAUUUUGUUUACUUAUUAUCUACCCCUCAACUUUAUGGUUGUUAUUCUAUAGAAUGAUGGUUUGUUUUCAAAGUGUAUUUUAGUUUAUUUUUCAUUACAAAACUCUUUUGUUUUGCUUCACAACAUGUUUCCCAUCCUUUGAAUUAUGAGGCUGUUACACAUUCAUCUUUCUCGUUCAUUUCAGAUAUAUAUAUGUGGAGAAAUGGUUGUAUUACCCUUGUUGUUGUUUUAUGUAUCAAAUUAAUUUAUUUCAUUUUAUUCUUUAUCCAUUAAAACAAACUGUAUGUAAGUGCCUAUUGAGAAUUGAGACGUAAAUUUCUCUUGAUGAUAAUUAUUAUUAUUUUGAGCUAUUUUAUAAACUUCUGUAGAGUAACAAAUAUCGUUAUGAAACAAUGUGACCAUUAUCUUAAGUUUUUUUACAUAUUUCGUUUUCUCUCGAAUUAAAUAUUUUAUAACUGACUUUUGUCAAAACUUUUUCAAUUGAAUGAAGUGCAUUCGAUGGUUUAACGUAGUUACAUGAUUGUCAGAUUGGUUUUUGCUUUAUACUAAUGAUUCAGUCUUCUCACACUGUUCACAGCUAUACUUCAAAUUGAUGUCUACAGAUGCCCUGGUACGGCCGAGGGUGAGGAGAGUUAGCUUUCCCUGUCGAAAUGCUCUGAUAUGGCCGUGCGACAACAGCCACUGCCAGGGAAGACCUGCUCACUGCCUUCUCGCGGCGAGCGUGUUGCUUACGAAAUUGAGAGGAUGAAAAGUGGAUGUCCAGCACUUUAACCGGGUUGGUGUAUAUGUAGAAUCCAUCUAGGUGAGUUGGAAAAUCCUGGUUCCAAACCAAUGGUGCACAUGGGUUCUAGGAUCCUGAAGGAACAAUUGGCGUAUGAACCAUUUAUUGGUCACAGCCCACCAUAAGACUGCAUUUUCUUACGUUGCUCCACUGCCUUGUGGAUCAGACCUUUGGGUCGCAGGCUCCGGGCGUGCCCCCCUAAGAAAACUACCUGCUUUGGUCUGAUCACCCGGACAGUAUUACAGCCCACACACAAAUCAAGUGACUUGUGUGGUGCAUAUGUAUUCGGCGCCCCGUUGUACCAGUAUUUAUGUGUUCAAAUAAAUAAAUAAAUCUAUU